CGGGAAGCUAAUGGAAAUUGACAGCUCAUCGAUAACGCAGUUCAUAUCUGACUGUGAAUCCACCUUUUUCGCGUGUAAAUCAAGAUGCCGCCAAAAAAAGACUCGAAGGCUUCGGCUAAACAGCCACAAAAAACACAAAAGAAGAAGGAAGGAGGUGGAGGUGGCAAGGCCAAGAAGAAGAAGUGGUCAAAGGGAAAAGUUCGUGACAAGUUGAACAAUCAAGUCUUGUUCGACAAGCCGACAUACGAAAAGUUGUACAAAGAAGUGCCCCAGUACAAGUUGAUCACGCCAUCAGUCGUAUCGGAAAGAUUGAAGAUUCGUGGAUCAUUGGCCCGACGAGCGCUCAUUGAACUUCGUGAUAAAGGAUUGAUUAAGCAAGUCAUUCAACAUCACGCUCAAGUGAUUUACACGAGAACAACAAAGGGUGACGAUCCAGCUGCAUAAAUCGAUUGAUAACAUUUGUCGACCAAUGUUUGAGAUGAAUGCAAUAAAAACCUGAAAAACUAA